AAAGUAACAAAACUACAAAUAAGGAAUUCACUCUUGGUAUGCAUUCAAAGUUUCAAACAUUGAAAAGGGCGGUAUUUGUAUGCUUGCACCCAACGGUAAAAUUAAUUCAAAUGAGAAUAUGGCAAGCCAUUACUGAAAUUUCCCUCUUAGCAAUCGAAUAGUUUGCCAUAGUAGGGUUUUGGAAUAAUCAUCUGUUAGGAUCGUGAAAAGAGCUUAUCGUCGGCAUCAACUGGGAAGGAAUUUGGCGGAGAAAGAAAUGGUGGCUGUUAAGGAACGAUUGAGUUAUCUCAAAGAUCGUGCAACUCAAGGCCCGAAAAUGAGUAGCACUGGUGAAGUGAAGAAUUUGAAGAUUUAUGUGGAAUCUGACAACGUUACAAACCGUCAGUCUCUCAACAAUGCUUACAAAGGCAAGUCUGUGACACAUGGCAAGGAGCAGUAUCCACUCACUGCCGAUGCAAAGAAAAUCAUCAAGAAAUCAGGGAUAAGCAAAAUCAAGCCAGUGACAGAAAAUGCAGGUAGAAAAGUUUUAGGUGAUAUUGGCAAUGUGAGGAGGAGCACAUUUUCAAAGACUGAAAAGAAAAAAAGCUCCUGGUCAGGGUGCAGGAAGGGAAAAAGCGAUGCAAUGCUGUGUCCACGAAGGAAGGGCAAAAGUGAACAGAUGGUGUUUCAAGAGAGAGAUGCAGUGGAUAUGGGCAACAUGGAACCUAGUACAUCAGACAAACAAUCAAGGGAUAACACAAGAUUUCACCAGAUUCAAGUUACAGAUGACAACCAAACUCUAAGGAAGACUGUCAGAAAAAGCAUUAAACCUCCACAUGAAUUGAGGACCAAAUUUCAAGGCCGUAGCUCUGCAGCUGCUUCUGGCAGAAAAUCCGCUGGAAUUCCUCUCCAUCUGACAAGUAUUGACAUGCCUGUUCUGUUGUUUACGGGAAGAAAAUCUUUACCAGCACUAAACAAGGCCAUCCGGGUGGAAACAAGUGGCACAGCAAAGGAUAACUCUGAGAAGUCAGAUAAAAUUGGUGGAAAGCAUGGCUUCCCUGUGAGGCCCAGUGUCAAGAGAAGCACGGUACCAAAGCCAAGCACUGUGAAAAGCCGUCCUUGGGGGAACAGAGUUAGUGAUGGCUUCAUAGUAAUGGCAUCAAGAGCUCAAACUAAGGUGGAUGCUAGAUUAUUAUCAAGAAAAUCUGUUAAACCCACUGUGAAAGCUACAGCGACAUCUCUUAAUGCUCAGACAAACACAAAACCAAAACACAUGUUAACCACGAAGAAUUUGAGGUCAAAACCUGCUGAUUUAUCCAAGAGAGAGCAGGGAAAGAAUAUCCAUUCUCUUGUAUCCCAGGAAGAACCAUCACUAGAGGAGGAUACUUCCGGUAGUACUGUCAUUUUAAGGAGAAAGUCUGAUCGCAGGAAUUCAUAUACAGGUUCACUAGUGUCUAGAUCAAAGUUUCUAAAGGAGCAUAGCAGAGUUCCUUCUGAGGAAACUUUGCCUAGUAUCUAUGAUGACCGUAAUCAUCUUGAAGUUUGUGAGUAUGUUGAUGAUAUCUAUCAGUAUUAUUGGGUUAUGGAGGGUCAAAAUCCUCUACUAAAGAACUACAUGGAAAAACAGAGAGAUAUUACCCGACAAAUGCGUGGUAUACUGAUAAAUUGGCUUGUCGAGGUCCAUUUAAGGUUUGAUUUGAUGGAAGAAACUCUUUUCCUUACUGUUACCCUCUUAGAUCGGUACCUUUCCCUUGAGAGCAUCAGAAAAAAUGAAAUGCAGUUAGUCGGGCUUACUGCUCUCCUAUUGGCAUCUAAGUACGAAGACUUUUGGCAUCCUCGGGUCACUGACUUGAUAAGCAUCUCAGCGGAGUCAUAUAGUAGGGAUGAAAUGCUUAAGAUGGAAAAGGCAAUCUUAAAGAAAUUAAAGUUCCGUCUUAAUGAGCCAACACCCUAUGUCUUCAUGCUUAGGUUUCUCAAAGCUGCUCAGUCAGACAUGAAGCUGUGCUUAGUCGAAUAUGAAGCUUUGAACUACAAGGCCUCUAUGCUGUGUGCUUCUGCUAUCUAUGUUGCACGAUGCACGAUGCAAAUGGCUCCUUACUGGACCCCACUCCUAGCAAAGCAUGCACGAUAUGAAGAAUCUAAGAUCAGGGAUUGUGCGGAGAUGAUUCUGAAGUUUCACAAAGCUGCUAAAACAAGUCUUUUGAAAGUGACUUACGAGAAAUACUCGAAGCCCGAUUACAGCAGGGUCGCCACUAUAAAGCCGUUGAACAGGCUUCCUGCAUGAAGCAUGAAGAGAAGAAAAAGUAUGCAGGUGAAGAGUGUGUGUGUAUAGUGUUUGACGUUUUGGCAUUUGUGGUAUGGAUUAAAUAUUUUUCUAAUUUUUCCAUUUCCCAUUUGCUACUAAAAAUGAGUCUUGUUAUAGAAUACUUGCUAACAUUACGAUAUUUGAAGUGUAUGGGGUCACUUUGUUGGUAAAGAGAGCUCCAUUAUCUGCAUAUCCAUAAUAUGCUAAUUGAACAAGUAUAGUACCUAUGUGAUGCACG